AUGAUCCUCGAGGGAGAGGCGGUGGCGGCCAUGGAGGCGCUCGGCCUGCCCAAGGUCUACACCAUUGGCCCGCUCCCGCUGCUGGCGCCGAGCUCAAACAUCAGCAUGAGCUUGUGGAAGCAGGAGGAGGAGUGCCUGCCGUGGCUCGACGACAAGGAGCCUGGCUCCGUUGUGUACGUGAACUUUGGCACCACCACCAUAAUGACCAAUGAGCAGCUGGUAGAGUUCGCCUGGGGCCUAGCCUUGAGUGGCAAGCAUUUCCUCUGGAUCAUCCGUCCUGACCUCAUCAGGGGCGACAGCGCGGUGCUCCCCCCGGAGUUCUUGGUCGAAACCGCCGAGUGUGGUCUCAUUGCCCCAUGGUGCCCACAACAGCAGGUGUUAAAUCACCCGGCAGUGGGCGUGUUCCUGACACAUUGCGGCUGGAACUCAACACUGGAUAGCAUGUGCGGCGGCGUGCCCGUCAUCAGCUGGCCAUUCUUCGCGGACCACCAGACCAUCUGCCGGUACCAAUGCACUGAAUGGGGCAUUGGCAUGGAGAUCGACAACAAUGUUCGGCGUGACGCCGUCGCAGGACUUAUCACGGAGGUCAUGGAGGGGCAGAAUGGCAAGGUGAUGAAGAAGAAGGCGCGGGAGUGGAGGGAGAAAGCGGUCAAGGCGACCAAGCCCGGCGGCUCGUCUCACCGCAACUUCGAAGAGUUGAUCCAUGAGGUGCUAGCUCCUACUCCUUGCCACUCUGCGUAA